UGGCGGUGUUGUUCUCUCCCAAGCGGGGUCUUCGGCGCUCAUUUACGAGUUAAUACGGCGAAACCGCGUGUGUACUUGCGCGUCAAGAUAACGACGUGCUUCGACUACUAAAGUCGCUCGACGAGCGACAUAUUUAUCGGUGAUCUUGGACUCGUUUGUCGCGCGCGUCCCGAAGAACGCGUUGGCGAAGAGAAAGAACAGGAGGAACAACGCGAGGCGGUACAGAAGUUGGCCGCGAAGAUGCGAAAAGCCCGCGAUGCGCGCGAUCGACAGGUGACACGCUGCCGCUGAAGAGUCCGCCGCUCGCCGUUUACCAGGUGUGUUCGCUCCGUUCCGCAACACGAUGGAUCGCCAGCGAGCGCGCCGCUGAGCGAGGUAGAUCGAGAGAGAGAGAAAGAUCGCCGUGAGUAAGGAUCGUUUGGCGCGAUCGAUCGGCGUCAGGCCGGUGCGCGACGUCCCGAGGAUCAGCGGGGGAUGAGAGAGAGAGAGAGACCAGAAAGCGUGUGUGAUUCCUGAGUUCAGAUCGAUCUAGGCUGAUAAUCGAUAGACGGGAGAACGAAGAUAGAAUAGAACGAAGGUUCAGCAGCGUCCCUCGUGCAGGCUCCUGCACUUCGAGGAAGCACGAGAGCUUCGAGCACGCUUGCUCACGGUGAAUCGGAGCGAGAAGGCGCGCGGAAUCCACAAGUACCGCUCUCUCGACGCUCCGCGUUCGAUUCUGGAGCGAUCCGACGGUGAAAGGAGCUCCAACGGAGACCUUCGGCGGGCAUUGCCUGUCAUCGGGACGCGCGCGUUUACGGGUGAUCCUGAAGGAACUCUUCGUGUAUAUUCCAUCCACCGGUGAUCCGAGCCGCUCGACCUAGAGACUCGAUUGACGGACGACGAGCAACCACAAUGGAGGACGAACUACGUUGUCCCUGCUGCAAGGAGCUGUUCGUGGAACCGGUGUUGCUGCCGUGCUGGCACGCGUUGUGCUUGUCGUGCGCGGUGAACCUGCAAGCGCCGCCGGAUUCGCCGCCAGAGUCAACCGCCGACUCGUCAAACGCACCCGGCUCCGACCAGGAAGCCGACAAACUCUCGAUCCUGUCGGAGACCGACUCCGGCGUGGUGUGCAGCAGCACGUCGACCAGCUCGAGACCGGGCAGCUACGUCGGCACCCCGGGCAACGGCGGUUUCCCGCCGUCCGGCGGCACGCUCUGUCUCUCGUGCCCCGUCUGCCAGAAGACGGUCUACUUUGAUGAGGGCGGUGCCCACAAUUUGCCCAAGUAUCGGGCGAUGCAGCACAUCGUUGACAAGUAUCAGGAGUCGCGUAACACGCGGAUGCAAUGCCAGAUGUGCGAGGGAGAGCCGCGCGACGCCACCGUCGCGUGCGAGCAGUGCGAGGUUUUAUACUGCGAUGCAUGCAGGGAGUCCUGUCAUCCGAAGAGAGGUCCACUGGCGGCCCACAAUUUGGGACCACCGAGAGGCAGCUGGCAAUCGAGCGGCAGCAAAGGAUCCCGUGGCCUGGGGCCUGAAGGCACACCGGUAUGCAACGACCACAAUGGCGAAGCGGUGACCCUAUAUUGUGCCCUAUGCAAGAUCGCGAUAUGCGCCUUGUGUCUUCGUGAUCGUCACGCUGCACAUUCUCACGACGUUCUGCCGUUGGCUGCUGCCUGCAAAGCUCAAAAAACGGAGCUGUCGCAGAAUCUGCAGCAGCUGUCGGAGAGGGCCCGCUCGACGACGGAGUUCAUUCAAAGGCUCAAAGGAAUGACGGAUAAAGUGCACGAGGAAUGCGUGACGCUUGAAGAGGAAGUGGAGGAUCGAGUGGCGAAUCUAGUGAGCCUGCUACAGGCGAGAAAGUCGCGGCUGAUCGAGGCCGCCCGACAGACCCGGGAGGCCAGGGUGCGCUCGCUGCGAGACCAGGUGGCGAGAUGCGCCACUCACUUGCAGGCGACCACAGCGCUGCUCACCUUCUGCAUCGAGGCGUUAAAGGAGACCGACAGCGCGGCCUUUCUACAGAUUGGCGGCAUGUUAUCGGUCCGAGCGGCCACUGCUGCCGGAUCCUGGGGUGGCGCCGAGGGAGUGCAAGAGAUCGCUCGUUUGCCAUUGUUGGAUCUUACCCUGGAUGACAAGCCGUUGCGCCGGGCUAUCGAUCAGCUCACCUUCGUCCAGCUCAAACCACCCGGAGCGCCCCUGCUGAUCCCCGAGGAGUGCAGUGCCGAGAAUAACAGCGUCACCGUCGCCUGGCAGCCGCCACCUGGACACGGAAUGAUGGGCUGCGCCGGGCAGAGGGGUCCCGCCAUCGAGGGAUAUCUCUUGGAGCUGGAUGACGGCUGCGGCGGGGAGUUCAGGGAGGUGUAUUGCGGCCGCGAGACCAUCUGUACGGUGGACGGGCUGCACUUCAACUCGCUCUACAACGCCAGGGUGCGGGCGUUCAACAGCGCAGGCGAAGGCGAGUACUCGGAACUGAUCGGCCUUCAGACUGCGGAGGUGGCGUGGUUCUCGUGGGCGACUGGCGCGGCCGGCAUACCGCAGGAGGUGUCCAUAUCCGAGGACGCGAUGAGCGCGUCCUGCGAGGGCUACGAGCACCGCGUGGUCCUCUCAAGCGUCGGCUUCUCGCGGGGUGUGCACUAUUGGGAGCUGACCAUCGAUCGAUACCACAGUGACACUGAUCCGGCCUUCGGUAUUGCUCGGGCCGACGUGUCGCGUGAUCAGAUGCUGGGCAAAGACGACAAGGGUUGGAGCAUGUACAUAGACCGGCAACGUUCGUGGUUCAUGCACGGUGGCGGUCACGCGCAGAGGACAGACGGCGGCGUUCAGCAAGGCUCGACCGUUGGCGUGCUGCUCGACCUCGAGACCACACACACGCUACGCUUCUUCGUCAACGAUCAGCCGCAGGGCGGUAUCGCCUUUCGCGACCUCUACGGCGUCUUUUACCCGGCGGUCAGCCUGAACCGCGGAGUUACGGUGACCCUUCACACCGCCUUGGACGUGCCGCGUCACCUACUGGCGCUUCACGAGGAGUACAUCAGUGACAUCGUUCAGAGCUAGGGGUACCUCAACGUCCUCAAGAAAGGUCUCUCGCAGGAGAUCGGCUCGCCCUUAGGCUCGGUGUAUGUCGACCGAUGUAGGGAUUUUGAGCCGGCGGGCCAGUUAUUGGAAAAGAUUGUCGAGGAGAGUCCGGUCGACGUCAACUGAUCGAUAGAGUACGGCCGAUUGUACGAUCGAUUGUAGUCUCGGCAUUUCUUCCACGACAUCUCUUGGUCGCGUCAUUGAAGUCUCCCGGAGUCACACUGAAGUGUCCGACGAGCCGAGUAGGUUUCGACCCUGUCGCGAUAUUGCGAAGCAAGGGAGCGGCGGUCUCCUCGGGGAUAACGAUGCGUUGUGUGUGUACGUUUGAUUGUUCUUGAAGUGUGUACUCACAUGUGUGUCAGGAGGGGAAUAUUCCCCGCGAGUAUCCGACGAUAUUUCGCAGAGUCCGAGGAUCUAUCUUCCAUAGAGGCGGGCAAACGUCCCGCUCGUAAACUCUCGCUCGGCGAGAGCUCUCGGCGUAACCGAGAGCUAAAUGAGAGAACUGGUCUAACUUUUUAUUCACGGCUCGAGAAUCUGUCCCCUCGUCCCCGAGGAUGUUAAUCUGGACGAGAUAUUUGUCUCGCGCUGUACGCACUCGCCUGAAUAUAAACGGAUUCCACGAGAGGAAUAACGAUUCAACAGGUCCAGAGAAACUUCGGGCGAGGUUUCCGAGGGAGGCGUAAACCGUUGACCUUUUUGAAUCCCGCUUGUUCGAGAAGCUGAAACUUAGAAUCGGGACUGCGGUGGAAAUUGGGAUCAUCCUCCUGAUUUCACCCGCGCGAUCGGGAUUCGUGCCGGGAAACGGAGCGUCGACAAUAUCGAUCGAGGCCGUGAAUAACAGAAAGGUGGAGAAACACAGGACACGUUGUGAGGUCACUUCUUGUAGGAAGAAGGCAUGAAAGAAGGAAAGAAAGAAAGACUACUUUAUUCCGGAGAAUCGAUGAGACUGAAAUAUAUCAUUCACGCACACAUAUGUCGCGCGAUCCGUAAUAUACCUUCCGUUAGGAUAUCGUGAAAGAGCCAACGUAAAAAGAUAUUCCUCCGACACGCUGAAAAUCUGUCCACUUUUUUUACUCACGCCGUACCCCGCGAGGGGAGCAGAGCAAAGAAAAUAUUUUUUCUUAACGCUUCUAAAGUACGUUUCUUCAACUCGAAUGAUUAUCUCGACGAAAGACCCAAAACACCUCGGAGAGUCGCGUCCCUGACGUCGGUUUAACUGAUUUCGACUCCUUCUACUACGCUACACAGCCAACGUCGUUCAAUCUAAAAGUGCGUAUAUACUUAGCGAACGAACAUCGAAGACGAAUUAUUCGAAUCAUCGACGUAUUGUUUUGAACGGAGCAUGCGGCAAGAUUUUUUUAUCUUUCGAGUCGACGGACCUGGAAAGAGAGAAGUAAAUGUUUAGACAUGGAUCUCUCUUUUUAUUAUCUUUUCAUUGGUUGAAUUUUGUCUGACAAGAAGGGAUACAGUAUUAUAUUCUUACAAAUUGGGAAUAUCCUUAACAUAUUUUGCAAUCUAUAAGUGUGUGUAACGCUUGUAACGUAUGUAAACGUCGAAUAAAACUGAAAUUAUUACAUACAUAAAAGUAAUGACUAAAUAUAAUUUCUACUUAUGCAAUGUUUAUUAUACAAAAGAAGUAUGGAAAAUUUUGAAGUACCUCAUGCCUCGGUCUACAUGAGUUGUCACUACCUACACAUCUUUUUGUCUCUCUCUACGUCUGCUAAUACGAUUUCGAUUCUAUGCUCCGCCCAGUGCUACAUGUCGACCUUUGCAAUUGACGUGUAGAGUUUAUACUCUCGGCCAUUCAAGAAGAAGAUUACAUGUCAAUGCUUCAGAUUAGAACGUGUAUAUGUAUUAACGAAUUUUAAUAGAGCGUCCCUCAAGUGAGACGCUCUAUUAAAAUUCGUUAAGACGUAUACUUUCCGGACCGUAACAACGAACGUUCACAUUCGCUAUCCACUCGUUGUACGUUCGCUCAGCGUACACCUACACCUUAAGAAGAGGUAUAUUUGUUGAUUAGAUACUCGACCGAUGACGGUGCGACCAGCGCCCUCGGAAGCGUCCAUUAGCAAAUAGCCAAGUAUCGUCGUCGACGAACUUUGUGGAGAACUGUGCCGCAGGAGAGGCGAUCAAUCGGUCGCUCCGGUGAGAUCGCAUCGAGUACCGAAGAGUCGCCCUGAAUAAGCGCACCUCUUACGGAAUUCAUCGGUUGAUAGGUGGGAGGAGCGCGUGAGAGCGAGAGGUAUCGCCCGUCGGCAACCUCUUCCGAUAUUCUCUGGUUAGGGAACGGCGGUUCUUAGGGCUUCUUACUCUGGGGAGUAGAGUCGAGACGGUAAGCGAAGAGAGCACCUCGAGGGCCGACACAGAGGGCAUCGAGAAGAACCUCGAGUAGCUUCUUCCGUAGCAUGCGUCAGGUAGCCGGUAAAGAAACUCGACUCGUUGCUCCCACCGUGCGGUGUCUGUCGUGUUUUACCUGUUUUUUUUUUUUUUCGUCGAUCGCGUAAUUAACUCUUUCAGCACCUGCCGCCCUGUGUACGCGGCUCCGCUCGCGACGAUUUAUCAGAGGGAGUAUCGUUAGCUUCGCUGGCUGUUGGUGUACACUCAGCCAUUGCUGAGGACAGCUUGUACAUUUAUGAUAUUAAUGGCUGCGUUGGCAUGACGUACAGUUGCGAGUUUCGGGAAGUCUUUAUGUGUUUUGCAAAAUGAUGAGUCGGUUUCACGAGGGAAAAAUGUUAUGUACUCUCUAAAGAAACAUGUUUUUUCGUUUACUUUUUUUUAUUAUAACGGACAUGCGGAAUUUAUCUGCCUGAGUAACAUAACGUGUAUUUCUCUCUCUCUCUCUCUCUCAUAUUCUCUUUCACCGAGUUAACACGAUCGCAGUGUGAUUCGAGGCUCCCGUGUACUUCCGUGUUCAUGCCGGUGCUGAAACAGUUAAUGACCGGACGAGGUCGCGAGCAUUGAGUUUCCGAUCGGACGCUGACGAGGCGCGAUCGACGACGACGAUGACAACGAGGUGGCGGAGGAUCGGCCACGAAGGCCGAUAAUUAUCCUACAGCCGACAAAGAAUCGGAAUUCUGUUCGGGACAGAGCUGACCGAACGGUUCUUCGUCCGGCGGUCUCGCGCGAUCGACAGGUCGCUCGAUCGUCCACCCAUUAUCCAUAUCGACACUCGUAUAAGUGUAAUCGCGUAGGCGUUAAGCUCCAUUAAAGCGUAUAGACAGUAAAGCGUAUAAAACAAUGAAUGCUGCCGCGACUUUAGUGUACAAUAACGAAUCGAGUAUACGUUUUCUAGUCUUCGAUAGAAAUCCCGAUCGGACCCUUCUCCGUCCCAUCCUCAUCUCACCUCUUUGUUUACUGUCCUUCCUCGCGUUCCUUUCACUUUUCGUCUCGCCCGAUUUCCUACUAUUUCUUUUUUUUACGACUUUGUAUCUCUCGACAGUCAGGAGAACAACAGGACACACUAGGUCCUGGUCGCGCUCGUAGACAUGAGUCCUCCGUUAUAUUCCGAUGUAACGAUAAGCCGGAUGCGAUGGACAUCGCUGUUGUCUGCAGCGAGCGCACGCCUUCCGGCGCCCGUGUAUAUACUUUGUACAUAUAUGUAUGACUAUCGAUUGUAACGCCGAUAAAUUUGCCGAUUGUAUCAUUUACGACUGUAUCGGAUCAAUAAAACGCAACGAAAACGCC